UCUCUCUCUAAAAUUCCCCUUGAAUUUUUUUCUAUCUAUCCGAAAAUAUUUUCUGAAUUUUUUUUCUAAACCUUUUUUAUCACAAAACGAUAAAAACUUACUAAAAACAAAAAAAACGAUCGGGAGAUCGACGUAGGGAGACCUACGGUCAACCGUAAAUUAGCUAGACCCGCGCAACCACCGCCUGCGUGUGCCUGUGCCUGCACGGCCAGCCGCCGCGCCGAGCACGGCACCAACACGGCACCCAGCGCAUUAACUAAACCCCGCCUUAAAUCCCCCGCACCCCAACCGGCAACCGUCCCCCGCCGACUCGGACCCCGGCGACCCGAUCCCCCCGCUAUAAAUCCCCGGCGCCUCCCCGAUCCAGAGCCCCAGCGAUCCAGCAGCAUUGCCAUUGCCCCUCAGCUCGCCGGAAUCCCCAGGCCGCCGGGACUCGCUCGCCUGAUCUCGCUCGCUCGGCCGCCGGCCGCCGGCCGCCGGCUCCGACCCAUCCGUCAGCACCAAGCCAUGGGGUCGCAGGCCAUCGAGGCGCACCGCGCGGGCGCGGAGGUGUACAGCGGCGCGGCGCUGUGCGCGGAGAAGUCGACGGAGCUGCUGGCGGAGGUGCACCUCCCGCUGGGCCUGCUCCCGCUCGCCGACAUGGAGGAGGUCGGCUACAACCGCUCCACCGGCUUCGUCUGGCUCCGCCAGAAGAAGGCCCUCACCCACACCUUCAAGCAGAUCGGGCGCCAGGUCUCGUACGCCGCCGAGGUCACCGCCUUCGUCGAGGACCGCCGGAUGAAGCGCAUGACCGGCGUCAAGACCAAGGAGCUCCUCAUCUGGGUCACCCUCUCCGACAUGUUCGUCGAGAAGGACGACCCGUCCAAGAUCACCUUCAAGACGCCCACCGGGCUCGGCAGGACCUUCCCCGUCGCCGCCUUCGCCAAGGAGGGAGACGACGGCAAGACCAAGCCCAAGGAGGCCCCCACCGCAGCCAACGGCAAGGAGCCCGCCGCCGCCGUCACCAGUAAGUAAAGGCUCAGGUGGCGGCGUGGAGUGGAGUGCUUUUUAUGAUGGAUAAACUACCUGCUUAAUACUACUCUUCUGAAUAAAUAAUGAAGUCUGUACUGCUGCUACUGUUUGCUUAAGUUUAUUUAUGUUCUAUACUCGUAUUUACUUAUGAAUGAAACGAGAAUCAAUCCUACCGGCGAGCUUUCCAA